UCUUGACCUUCAACAACCAUCAUGGUACUGUUAUCUGUUACUGCUGCAACUUUACUGUCCCUUUCCUUCACGUCUGCAGAGAUCCACAGAGUCAAGUUGAACAAAGUGCCUCCAAAUGUCGGAAAUCCUGAACUCGAGGCUCUGCACCUUGCGGAGAAGUAUGGUGUUCCUCAGCGUCAAGCACCUCUUGCGGGCUUCGGUGGUGCCAGCCGACCCCCAAGACAGGGUGACGACGAUCUUUUCUGGACGCAAGAAAUGACCCAAGGUGGUCACAGUCUUCCCCUUAGCAACUACAUGAAUGCGCAGUACUUCGCACCAAUCACUCUUGGGUCACCACCUCAAGAGUUUAAGGUUAUCCUUGAUACUGGUUCGAGUAAUCUGUGGGUUCCAAGCUCGAAAUGUACCUCCAUCGCCUGCUUCCUACAUGCCAAGUAUGAGGCAACUCAGUCCUCGACAUAUAAGGAGAAUGGUACCACAUUCAGCAUUCAAUACGGUUCUGGAUCCAUGGAGGGCUAUGUCUCAACAGAUACCUUGACCAUUGGCGACAUCUCCAUCCCCCACCAGCUCUUUGCUGAAGCAACCAAGGAACCUGGUCUUGCUUUUGCUUUUGGAAAAUUCGACGGUAUCUUGGGCCUUGCAUAUGACACGAUUGCUGUCAACCAUAUUCCUCCUCCCUUCUACAACAUGGUUGACCAGAACCUUGUUGAUGAACCCGUAUUUUCUUUCAGACUUGGCUCGUCAGAAAAUGACGGUGGCGAAGUGGUGUUUGGUGGCGUGGAUGAUAACGCAUAUACUGGCGAUAUCACCUAUGUCCCCCUUCGGCGCAAAGCCUACUGGGAAGUCGAACUCGAAAAGAUUAGUUUCGGUGAUGAAGAUGUGGAACUCGAGAACACUGGUGCUGCCAUUGAUACUGGAACUUCUUUGAUUGCCCUUCCAUCUGAAAUGGCUGACUUGAUGAAUGCUCAAAUCGGUGCUACCAAGUCCUGGAACGGUCAAUACACAGUUGACUGCGACAAGGUCCCUUCCCUCCCUGAUCUUACCCUCUACUUUGGUGGAGAGCCUUUCCCUAUCAAAGGUACAGAUUAUGUCCUUGAGGUGUCCGGUACUUGCAUAUCUGCUUUCACUGGCCUUGACAUCAAGAUGCCCGGCGGAGCCUCUCUCUGGAUCGUUGGCGAUGUCUUCUUGCGCAAGUACUACACUGUGUAUGAUCUAGGCAGAGAUGCAGUUGGUUUUGCGAAGGCGAAGUAGAAAGGAAGCCUUGUCGGACGUUCUAUGAUAAUGUAGUUCAAUAUCUUUUAACUACCCACUCGUUCCCUCAUGUCUGUAUAUUAAUGACCAUUUCGGCAAUAAGUAGGUACCGUAUCAAAAUCUUUUAUGCGUACUC